GCUGUGCACAAGUGCUCUCUCAAAACCCACCAUGGCUCCUCGCGCAUCCUGGCGAUGCUGCUUCAGGCCGCAGGUGGCUGAGGGCGAAUCGCCGGUGGGCGAGAUCGUCCAGCCGGGCAAGGGCGGGGAACUGCGCGAUGUCGAGAAGGAUAAGUGCACGGAGGACAGCGCUAACGCGGACUUGUUUGCCCGUUUGCAAUGCCGUCCCAUCCGUACCGAUGGUGAUGGCAUGGAGGACGCGGACGAUGAUUUCGCGUCGCCGGCCUCCAGCUAUCAGACUUGCUUCAGCGAGCAAGACCCGUUAGACCUCAGUGGAAUGUCCAGGAUAUACAGGACGUCGUCGGCGGUGAGUGCAGCGGAGGGGAUUGCAUCAACAUCCCAGGCGAUUGGGGAUGUGAAGUGGCUAGAAACGGAUCUCGGCCGGCCGCCGGCGCAGCGGCGCACGCGGCUGCCGGACCCGGUACAAGAGCUGCCGGGAAUCAACCUGUGGAGCCUAAUCAAGGACUGGAUUGGCAAGGACAUCCACAAGCUGGCGCUGCCCACACACAUCAAUGAGCCCCUCACCGACCUGCAACGCCGCGCUGAGGCCUUUGAGACCUCAGAGCUGCUGGACGAGGCAGCGAAGAUGCCAGCGCAGAGCCUGGAGAGGCUAGUGCAGGUGGCGGCGUUUGCCAUCAGCAUGUACAACACAAUCAAGCGUGUCCAGAAGCCCUUCAAGAAUCUGCAGAACUCCACCUUCGAGGUAGUGUACCCUGAGAAGGGGCUGCGCGCGAUUGGCGAAAAGAUUCAGCAUGUGCCGAUGGUGCACGUGUUCCAUUGCGAUGGCCGCGGCUGGGAGUUUGACGCAAACGACGAGUUCUCCAUGGAGCUCUGGGGCAACCACGCCAUCAUUCGCCCAGUCGGCGAGCUCUAUGUCAAAUUCCACGAUGGUGAUGAGUACUGCUGGAGCACGGUGCCGACUUACAUCAACAACAUCCUGAUCGGCAAGCGCUGCCUGGACCAUCGGGGCUCCUUCCACGUCACCUGCCUGACCUCUGGAGACUGCUUCCGCUGCAAAAUCAAGGAGCCCAUCUUUGGCAAGGCCCACCACGAUGUGACUGGGUACUUGGAGCAGAAGGGGAACAGGGUGGAGGGCGUGCAACUCAGCGGCAAAUGGGAUGCAGGCAUUGCAGCCCAGUUUGCCGAUGGCUCCAAGCGCCAGAUCUGGACCGCCAAUCCACCCCAUGUCCACCCCUCCACGCACCCCUUCUCGCUGUGGGCGCUGCACCUGAACGAGCUGACCCCGGAGCUGAAGGAGAAGCUGCCGCCCACAGACGACCGCCUGCGCGCAGACAUGCGCCUCUUUGAGCAUGGCUUCUACCACGAGGCGAAUGAGGAGAAGCUUCGGCUGGAGGAGAAGCAGAGGCAGGAGCGCAACGCCGUGGAGGCGGCCGGCGAGCCCUGGCAGCCACGCUGGUUUGUCCAGGUGCCGAGCAGGCGGGGCUUUGAGACCUGGCGGUACAAGGGUGGAUACUGGGAGGCAAGGGAGACAAGCAACUGGGCGGAGUGCAGAAAUAUCUACGGCCCGGGUCCCAAGGGAGAAAUGCCGCCCGAGUACCCUCUUUGAAAUAUCUUUCUGGCAUCAAUGAAGUAACAGUGCAUUCAUGAGCACAGAAAACGGGCGGACAAUCCCAGACAGGCGUGAUGCAGAAUGGUGCUGUAAAGGCACUAACUGUAUGAUGGAAUUACACAACUUUCAAAUGAUAUCAGAAGUAUCCAGUGCAUCCACUCAAAGUAUGUGGAUGAGGCUUUAUUGUAGGGUAGAUUGCAUGGGGUCUGCUUUCAGACCCCUCUAUAUUUUCGGUUUGGCGUGUGGGCACUGCUGCUUGCUACCACUCCUCUUUCUUAUGAUUACAGUCAGUUUCUGUACAGGUUGUGUGCACAGAUCGCUCCAGGCUCCUUGUCAUGGCAGCAUCUUGCCGUUCAGGCCAUGCCGUGCAGUGGCCUGGCAAAUAUUGGACAAUUGUACAAUGACCGACCCUUCUUUCAAGAAAGCAGGACCGGUGCCAGAGCUGGCCUGAAUGAGGAGUGUCAAGGAACUUUCAUGUCUCAAAUCAAUUCUUUAAACAUGCAAAUGAUGCGAUCACUAGGAUUUCUUAUUUGCGUUCCAAGACAGGCGUAUUGCUGACUGUAAUCAAGUAGAGUCCCUGCUUCUAGCGAUCCCUUAAGACACCUUUGUAGGAUGUAAUACAGUUCAUUGC